CUCAUGUACAAGCUUGGAAUGGGGAAAGUUUUCGUCCCCAGAAACCGGUUUCGUGUAACAAUUUUUCCGGGAUUUGCUGACCGUAGUUUAGUUGCUUGUCUCAUUGCUGUAUACUUCGAUGGAAGAAAGCUUUGGAUAUGAGUGCAUUUUCAGGAAUAACAAAUAAAAUGAUCACGGCAAUGAAUUUAUUACAAACAUUUGAAAAUUAUCCAUGGUGGAAUUCGACUCUGCUUUCAUCCAAGCCAUCGAGCACCGGCCCAAACCCCGCUGUAUCGAAGCGCAAAACAUCCCACUGAUUGAUCUGUCGCCGCUGAAUUCCGCGGCGGACCCCGACUCCGUGUCGGCUCUGGCGGCGGAGAUCGGCCGCGCGUGCCGGGACUGGGGUUUUUUCCAGGUGAUCAAUCACGGUGUGCCGCCGGAAUGCCGCGAAAAGGUGGAAUCUGCGUCGAGGAAGUUCUUCGCGCUGCCGAAAUCGGAGAAGAUGAAGGUUAGCAGAGACGCCGCGAAUCCGUUCGGAUACUACGACGGAGAGCACACGAAGAAUGUUAGGGAUUGGAAGGAAGUCUUCGAUUUCGCCGUCGAGAAUCCGAUCGUUUUCCCGGUUUGGAACGAGCGUGGUGAUCUGGAGCUCAGGAAAUUAGUCAAUAAGUGGCCUCAGUUUUUUCCUAAAUUGAGAUUCGUGGAAGCUUGUGAGGAGCACGCUGCAGAGAUGGAGAAACUAGUUGUGAAGCUGCUGGAGCUGGUCGCGUUGAGCUUAGGGCUGCCAAAAGAUCGGUUCAACGUCUUCUUCAAGGACCAAACUAGUCGAGUAAGGCUGAACCACUACCCCGCCUGCCCUGCUCCUCACCUGGCUCUUGGUCUAGGUCGACACAAGGACACCGGGGUCCUCACCAUCCUAGCUCAGGACGACGUUCCUGGGCUCGAGGUGAAGAGGAAAACCGAUGGAGAAUGGAUCCUUGUGAACCCCACACCGCGUGCUUAUAUCAUCAACGUGGGUGAUAUACUCCAGGUUUGGAGCAACGACGAGUAUGAAAGUGUGGAGCACAGAGUGAUAGUGAAUGAAGAGAAGGAGAGGUUUUCGAUCCCCUAUUUCUUUUAUCCUGCACAUUACACACUGGUUGAGCCUCUGAUUGAGAUGAUCAGUGAGGAUAACCCUGCCAAGUUCAAGGGCUAUAACUGGGGAGAGUUUCGUGCCACGCGAAAUCGAGGGAAUUUUGGGAAGCUUGAUGCUGACAACAUCCAGAUAUCCCAUUUUAGGAUUUGAAGUAUCUCGUAACACCAGUGGUAACACAAGAUCUCGAAUCAAUUCUACUUCGUAUAACUCUGUGUGUGUGUGUGUGUUGUGAGAUAUGUUCACAACAAAUAAAGCAAUGAGUGGUUGGAGUUGAUGUUGUCUCUAAUGAGUAAUGACUGUAGCUGCAUGUAAAAUGGCACAUAAAUCUGAUGCAGCCUUGGAUUUGAAUUUUCACAA